AUGGUCGUGAGCUACACGAACGUCGAGACGGGCUUUACGAAGAAGCAGAUCGGUAGCUAUACGAGUAUGCCGACGACUUGGAGGUGGAGUUAUACCGGAACAGAUCUGCGAGUUAAUGUGGCAUACGACACCUUCCUCGGCGCAUCAGCCAGCGGAACCAAUCUCUUCGAAGUCAUGGUCUGGCUCGGUGUCUACGGCGGCGUGUCACCCUUGUCCGCGAACGGAUAUCCCUUCACACCCAUCGCGACCGUCACGAUUGGCGGUCAGAUCUUCGACCUCGCAUACGGUCUCAACGGUUCGGUAAAGGUAUACAGUUUUGUUGCUCGUGGCGGGCGGGCGACGAACUUCAGCGCCGACUUGAACCUGUUCUUCCAGUAUUUGUUGGCAAACUACGGAAGCAAUGGUUUCACGAGUAGUUUGUAUCUGCAGGUCGUGCAGGCGGGUACGGAGGUGUUCACUGGAAGCAAUGCGAAGAUGACUACGACGGCUUACUCUAUCGCUAUCAACUAA